CCACUUAAACAUAGUCUCUAAAGUUCAAUUUUGCCUCUACACACGUCAUAUGCCUGUCAUUUUUCUAUGGAGUACCGCUUGUACUGAGCAAAAAAUAAUAAAAUUUCACAAGUUUGUCAGUUUGACGGUUUCGUCUUCAUAUAUUUAUAUAUGUCGUGAUAUAUUAAAAUUUUAUAGUUGAAAAAAUUUUGAAAAAUUCAUGAAUUUAUUUAAAUAAAAAAUAAAUCAAAAUCAAAUCACAUGUUAGAGUUAAAUAUUUUUGUCUAUUAGCUUACAAUUUCUAUCACCAGUUGGCGUGACAAUGUAGACACUCGAUCCCUAUUUCGCAGCAGCUAAGUAAAAUAACAUUUCAGCUGACACAUACAUAAGCUAAUUUUAAUUAAUUUUAUGAUUUUACUCUACCUCAAAAAAUAUUAAAGUCAGUUAAAGUCAGCCAAUGAUGAAAUUGAAUUCUUAUUCAGAUAAAUAUUUAGCUUCUCUCGAGACCACUUUAAUGAAUCUUAAAGCGGUUAAUAUCGUUAUAUUGUUAACAUUUCAAAUACUGAUCAAGUUGAAACGAUAGUCGCUAGGUGGCACUGAAAUUUGUGCAUAACAUUGUCAGUAAUAUAUCUUACGCUAUUUACGUAAGAAACUGUCUUUGACAUCUAACUAUCCAUCCCUCGUGAUAAGUAAUUAAAAUUCGUAUGUUAAAAAAAAAACAAAGUUUUUCUAAUCAAAAAAAAAAAAAAUAGUUGAGUCUAAGUACUUUGAAUUUUUCUCAGUUACCGAUACUAGCGCUAGACCUAUUCGCAAAUAAUGGUUGGGAGUAUGUGACAUGGAUAUUCACCUUUAUGUAUUUUUCUACACAAAUAUGCUUCAAGAUUUAUAUUUAAUUAUAAAUAAUUUGAUGGUGGAUAUUCAGAAUUAUUUACUACUGUUGAUAAAUGUAUCAUCUCAAAAAGUAAUCUUUUAAAAGUUUACGAAAUAAAAUCUGUUCGAAAAAUGGCUGCUGAAAUGUUUGAUUUCAAGAAUUUACGUGAAAGUUUAAUCGAUGAUAUUGCUAUUGAAUAUGAGUGGAAUGAAUCGGAAGAGAGUGAUAGUGAGAUAUUAUUUGACUUACAAGGUAUUGAUGAUGAUAGUAAUUCAUGGAGAGAAGGAACAAAUCAAACACUGCACUACGAAAAAAAUAAAAAUGAUAGUGCUGAUGGUCAUAACAAUUAUUAUUUAGGAAGAGAUAGCUUAACACGAUGGAGCAAAAUCUCAACAGAGAAUUCAAGUCCUGAUUGCUCCGAUUUACUAUUUCAAUCUGAUGGUCCAUCAAAUGUGGCCUCUAAAGCCAAAACUACUAAUAAUUGUUUUAAUUUGUUUGUUGAUUGUGAGAUUUUAAAACUCAUAACUCAUAAUACGAAUUUAUAUAUUGCCAGUAUCCGCAAUCGUUACAGCCGUGAUCGAGAUUGUAAUGAUACAAACAUUGCUGAAAUCCAAACUCUUAUUGGUCUACUUUUAUUGAUGAGUUUACUCAAAUCAAAACAUGAUAAUUUUGUUGAGUUAUGGGAACAAAACGGGUUAGGAGUAAAUGUAUUCCGACUUUCUAUGACAUUGAAUCGUUUCAAGUUUUUGCUCCGGAGCUUAAGAUUUGGCGAUGAAAAUGAUGAAAAUUCAAAGAAAAAAAAAGAUUGUCUUAGUCCAUUAAGUAAUUUACUUAAUUUGUUUAUCGCUAAUUGUAAGAAUAAUUUUAUUGUUGGCUCUGAUGUCAUAUAA